AUCACAUAGACCCCACGAACCUGCCCUCUCUCUCCCCCACCACGCCCUCUCCCCAAAUCAACCGGAAUGGCGGCGGCGACGGCGCCGUCGUCUUCGUCUUCGUCAGAUUCGCCGCCGAUGGCGCCGUGGACUCUGCUUAACCGCGUGGCGCUGAUCUGGGACGACGCCGAGACCGAGGAUCGCGAGGAGGCGGCGGUCAAGUUGUCCUGGUCGCCGACCCUGUCGAGGCUCUGGGUGGCCAGAAGCAUCCACCCAGACCGCGACAACUUCGACCGACACCCCUACAUCGCCGCACACGACGCCCGUGGGCUUCUUCUCCACGUGUCUUCUCCGCCUGGCAUCGGGCUCAACCUCGACCCAAACCCCGCGGGCUUAUUCGUCGUGUUGCCUCUUUCUGCUUUCGUCCCUGGUGUCACCGCUGAGUUCUUCAUGGCCACCGAUGCCGCUGUACGCGUGCCGGAGCGCCUCGACGUGCCCGACGUCUGGAGCAUCAAGAGUGUUGGCUUGCUCUCCAGGGUCGGCGCCGACGGCGUGGAGUAUGUAAUUGCCGAACUACAGAGCGUCAACGACGCGGACGAGAUCGCCAACCUGCUUCGGUUUCGGCUUGGCAGCGCUGCCUGGGUGCAGGACAAGGUUAACUGUAUUGGCUUCAACCCCAGCUGCAUCGACCAGGUCAUCUCACAUCAAGGGAAGCUGUGGUGGGUGGACCUGCGCAAGGGUCUCAUCGUCUGCGAUCCAUUUCAGAUCCAUCCUGUGCUGGUAGUUCUGGAUCUUCCAAAUGGAGUAACACGUAGACAGGAGGAUGAGUCUGAAUGUGACGACAUCGCCAAGAAGCGCUAUGUGACGGUGAGCGCCGGAAUUCUGCGAUUCUUGCAAGUAACAGGUGACUCUGGCAUUGCAAAGACAGCAGUUAUGAUGUGGACGUUGGUAUCUGAUCCUGACACCCUCUCACCAUCAUGGCAACCUGAGUUCAUGAUAGACACUGGAAAGAUCUGGCCCUGUGAAAUACCAGCCCUCGCCAUUGUACAUCCAGAUAAUCCAGAGUUGGUCUAUUUCUUUGUUCAGGGGAAGCUAGUCAGCGUGGAUAUUUCACAGAACACGCAUCUGAAUGUCUUCAACAAUCUCUCGCACUUCAAUCUGUUAGGUGCUUGGCAUGGUGAAGUUGCACCCCCGCCCUUGUCUUGGCGCUACCUCAUCGCUUGGAAGAAUUCGAAUUCAGAGGAAUGUCAUCCUUGGACGGCAUUUGUCAGAGAGCAAGGAAUGUCAUCAUUUUGUGAAUAUGAAGAUGAAGUUUCAGCAUCAGAAGGUCACAAACGCCGAAGCUAUCUUGGAAAGCUAUGCCGACAAGGCGUAAAGGCCGGGAAGCUAUUUGCUUCAGAGUUUGGUGUUGGUGUUACAUCCCUGGGUUCGAAACUACUUUACCUGAAUGAGGAGAUCACUGUCGCCAAAUCAUUUUUCAAACAUGUGGGUGAGUUCAAGUGUACUGGAGAGGGUUACGUAGCAACGACUGCUCGCAAUUCUGCAAAGGCAUCAAAGGGGGUUAGUAAGGUAUUAGGCGGUGCUGCCUCAGCUCUAUCAUAUGGAGGAAAAGCUUGUAGAUCAGCGGGUUUCACUCUACAGACUUUGCACCCCAGCGCGCAAACAGGCAUGUGUAUUGUAGAAGAAAAAACGCUUAACUCUCUGCAGGAGGCAAAAGACGUUAUCAAGGAGUGGAAGGACUCCAAAGAUCCAGUCUCUGUUGACGUGCCUCGUCUUAUGGAAACAGGCACUGCUAUAGAGAUUAUGGAGCUGUUCAAAGAAUGUGGAGCACUAGUGCUGGUCGAAAAUGCAACCAUCUUGAGAGAGAAGGCAGGCCACGUCCUCGAUGAUGAUUGGCAUAUGGUGUGAUUACAGGUCCUUUGGGCAGUUCAUUGAGCGAAUGAGAGGUCUCAGUCUGGUGAAUGUUCGAUGAAUUGUGUUUCACCCUGCCGCCAUUUUGUAGAACAUCUUUUUCUGUGUUUCCAUGGUUGUGAUGGUUAGUUGGUGAUGGAACAGUGAUGUUUAGGCUGUGAUGGUUAGUUGGAAACAAUUGAUGAGUUCCAACUUCAUGCCAGUUACUUGUUUUCUACCCCUUGCA